AUGGCUAGCAAGUACAUGCGAGUUGUGGUACCGCUAGUAUUCAUGCUUCUUGAUGCAGUGUGGGUUACUCAAGCAGCUACAACCAGUAAGGCGAUUAGUGAGAUUUUGGCUCCUUGCACAAAGCCAGGAGGGGAUUCCCCUUCAUGCUGCACCAGCUUACAGAUGCUAAAGGAUUUAAGCCCAGCUGACGGCAAAGUUGCUUGCAUUGCGGACGCUCUUUCUUUUGCACCUUCGGAUGUGGUCAAGCUUGUUGAGGCGCUGCCCGGGAAGUGUGGCUUGCAACUCCCAUUCAAACUGAAUCCUAGUGUUGACUGCACCAGGUAA